CCCACAGCAUUGUGGGAAGGUUGACGAUGCCCGUCCAUAUGAAUCGGUUUUACGCAAGAGUUUAGAUAACAUAUUUUCGCUCAAGUGUCGGCCUUAGCCUCAUAUUGCAGCUUCACGAUGAUGCGCUUCCUGCUGCUGUUCAGCCGGCAGGGGAAGCUGCGACUGCAGAAGUGGUUCACUCCGGUGACGGAGAGAGAGAAAAAGAAGGUGAUCAGGGAAAUGACUCUGAUGGUGUUGGCUCGCCCUCCCCGCUCCUGUAACUUCCUCCACUGGAGGGACCUCAAGAUUGUUUACAAGAGGUAUGCCAGCCUCUACUUCUGCUGUGGUCUGGAGGACCAGGACAAUGAACUGUUGACCCUGGAGGUGCUGCAUCGAUAUGUCGAGCUGCUGGACAAAUACUUUGGCAAUGUGUGUGAGCUGGACAUCAUCUUUAACUUUGAGAAGGCCUACUUCAUCCUGGAUGAGUUCCUGAUGGGAGGAGAGAUCCUGGAGACCUCUAAGACAGCUGUGGGCACUGCUAUAGAGGAGGCAGAGACACUACAGGAGACAAUGGAGGAGUAUAUGAGUAAGCCGACCUACUGAACCUAUAACAGGGACGUGAGUCGAAUCUUGAGACUGAAGAAUCCUUUCCUCAAUCGCCAUAAGUGCCAAAACAUUUAAACGAUUAAACUGUAGUACACUCUUCCAUUCAGACAGCAUACAUAGUCUGUUGUUUUAUAUAAGCACCUUCUAAAAGAUGCAUUAGGAGUUUUUAUAAUUUAGGAGUUUGUUUUAAAACAGUUUUACUUUUUUAACUUUGAGAUCUUUUCAAAUGUGUUUUUAGUUUAAAUUAUUUGCUAAUUACAUUAUAUUUGAUAGGAUCAUACGUUUUAAAAUAAUUGUAGCCUACUUUGCCUUAUGUGAUUUUCAAGCAAAUCAAUGUUAUUUUAGAAUAUUGCUGCUGCAUUUUCAAAUGUUUUAAUUCAGUUGUGAGUUGAUCCAAAGGAUUGUAACCACAACUUCUUACCAUUUUGAAAGUCACAUUUAUUAUUGUAAUUCUAUGUUGGCUAACGUAGCCAUUGCCUACACAAGCAUAGUGCCUUAGUGUAAUAUUUCUCAGUAGUCAAGCUAUAGCCAGAGGGUUCUAAGACUGAAGCUAAAGGUGGAUGUUUUGGAAAGUGGUGCCUACUCACAGUACCGUUAAAGUCUGAAUAAAUAGUUUUUUAAAUGUUA